AUGCAGAUUGAACAUGAAAAACAGAUGGUUCAAAUGCAAGCUGCAAUCCCUUCGAAAUCCCCUGAAAAUCCCAAAACAAUGACAAAGAAGAAGCCCAUGCGAUCGACAAAUGAGCCAAAAAAACUACCAGAUCAUGAGGAGAAGAAGAGAGAUUCAAAGCAACAACCCAAAACUGUCGUGGAUAAAUCUGAGACACACAAGAAAAGAAAGAAGUUUGGAGCUCUGGUUCAGGUUAAAGAGGGUUUGGAGCUCGACUUGAAGAAGAAUGCCGACAAGAAGAAACAGAAUCAAAUGAAUGAAGUGGGAGAUAGGAUUUGUAGGUUAGUUGAGAGUGAGAGAUUGAAGAAUGUGGAGAUUGAGAGAUUGAAAGAUAAGAAUAAUGGGCUUGUGUUGAAAGUUGAGGAAGAAAGGGAGAAAUGGAUGAAGGUUUGUUGUGAGAGGGAUGGAAUUAAGGCUAAUUCUGAUGAUGAAUUGUUUGAGGAAUCACGAGAUUUGAGAAAGAAAAUGAUUGAAUUGGAGAAGAAUGAGAAAAGGGCUUUGGAAGAGAUAGAGGAUUUGGAGGUGAAAUGCAAGAAGUUGUUAGGUGAAAGGAUGGAGAGUGAGAUUAUGAAUCGGAAUCGUUGGAAGAGAAGAAAUUUGUUAAGAGGUUAUUGGAUGAAUCUGGUAGGAUUAUUGAAGAUUUUGAGAGAAAAGUCGAUUCAAUUGUAG